GUAUAGCAUGAUCAGCAUGGAGAUGAAAGAUGAAAGAAGUCUUGAUAAUCUGGUUGGGAGACGUGAAUCAGUCCUACGAAAGAAAAAGAAAACAAAGAUAUCAAAUCGCAAUGAAGGAAGUGAGAAAGAAGUUUCCUCCACAAAAUUCCACGAGCCUCUCAAUUUUCUCAUCACAAUCAUACUUGGCGUUCUUGGAGUACACUAUCAAGGCUUGGGCAUCUCUCCACUCAAAGAACAUGGCGCAAUCAUGUUGUUCUUCAUCAUGGCAGCAGUUAUCUAUAGCAUUGCAUUUUUGGGGAUAAAGCUAGGACCCCAAAAUGCAAACUACCUGCCCAUAUUCAAGUUUCUUUGUGUCACUUGUGCAAUUCUUGCGUGUGAGCUCCUUUUGUCAAUUCUUGUCGAUCACUUAAGGCUGGUCAUGAUAAAUUUAUGUGGGAUCCUCGUAGAGCUUCUACGUCGCUGGUACAAACAAAUUUAUCAAUACUGUUUUCAGACACCUAUUAUGAUACUUAACACCAUAGUUCUAAAAACCAGACUAGACCAACCAGUUGAAACGAGAACCAAAAAUGAAAACAAACUAGAAAAAUCGACUAUUCAACCCUGAAAACCACCGGUUCAACCGGUAAAACCUGGAAAUUGGACCCAUUUGCGGUUCUUUGAGCAUU